AUGGAUCCAUCAAUUCCAAUGCAUGAUGAAGAAGAAGCCCAGAGGCUGCCUCCAAAGAGGUUGGUGAACAAAGUGGCAGUCAUAACUGGGGGUGCAAGAGGGAUUGGAGCUGCCACAGCCAAGCUGUUUGCCGAUCACGGUGCCCACGUUGUCAUUGCUGACAUACUUGACGACUUGGGAGCCACACUAGCUGAUUCUAUCGGAGGCCGCUACAUACACUGUGAUGUGGCAAAGGAAGCUGAUAUUGAAUCAGCUAUUGAGCUUGCGCUCAAAUGGAAAGGUCGACUCGACAUCAUGUUCAACAAUGCUGGCGUUCCUGGUCCCUCGGGGAGCAUAACCAGCCUUGACAUGGAGAAUGUGAAGCAACUCCUCUCCGUCAAUGUUUUUGGCGUUAUACAUGGAAUCAAGUAUGCUGCUGCCGCCAUGAUCAAGGGCCGAAUAGGAGGGAGCAUCCUUUGCACAUCGAGCUCGGCAGCUAUCAUGGGAGGCCUUGGAGGACAUGCCUAUACGCUGUCCAAGGAGGCCAUCAACGGCCUGGUGAGAAGCGCCGCUUGUGAGUUGGGAGUGCAUGGCAUUCGUGUGAACUGCAUUUCGCCUCAUGGGGUUCCUUCAGAGAUGCUCGUCAGUGCCUACAGAGAGCAUCUCGGGAAAAUGGAUAUGAAGGCUGAAGACGUAAGCAAAAUUGUAGGGGAAAGGGGGAGCUUGUUGCGUGGGAGAUGUGCAACUGUGGAAGAUGUAGCAGAAGCUGCAUUGUUCGUAGCCAGUGAAGACGCUGGCUUCAUAACAGCACAUAAUCUAGUUCUUGAUGGGGGUUAUACUUCUGCUUGCAGUACCAUGAGCUUCAUCUACCAAAAUGGUCAUUAA